AAGGAGGUGCGCUUGUAGAUCAGGAAUUACGGUAAGAGGUUCAACGAGAGAACAGCACUCAGGUAAAGCUGAUUGAAUGAAAGGGGACAUAAGAAACCUGUAGGCCAGCUUCACAACGGUACUUCACAGAGAAGAACGCGUUACUCACUUCAUCACUUAAUUACCAUCUACAUUUCCAAAGGAUUCUUGGCGGACAGAAGGGGGUUUUGGAAGCCAAAACUGAAUGGAACUGUGCAGCAUGAAACGAAACGGAACAGCCUGUCAGGUGGAGCGGUUCACGAGUUCAUACAAGGCAGAGCCAAACGGGAGCGUUUGCAGAACACAAGGCAAUGGACAUCCCUGCACGAACGAAACAAAGACCUCCGCCUCCACAAAACACCGCUUCAACGGAGUGGUGCCACGCUGGAGCAAAGCUGCUGACUGCACCGGCAACAGGUGCGUCGGCAGUCUGAACGGGACAAGGACUGUGAAAGCGCUGGUGACCGGGGGAGGAGGCUACUUUGGCUACCGUCUGGGGUGCGCCUUGGUGAGGUGUGGCAUUUCGGUUAUCCUCUUGGAUUUGCACAAACCUAAAUGGGAUAUCCCAGAAGGAGCUGUGUUUCUCCAGUUUUCCAUUUCUCUUCAAUGUCAGAGUGACAUACGGGAUUAUGGUGCUCUUUAUAAAGUCUGUGACGGGGUAGGCUGUGUUUUCCACGUUGCCUCUUACGGCAUGUCAGGACCAGAACAGCUUAAGAAAGCGCAGAUUGAAUCUGUGAAUGUUGGUGGGACUAACAAUGUAAUUAGAGUGUGCACACAGAGAAAUAUUACCAGAUUGAUAUAUACAAGUACUGUCAAUGUAGUGUUUGAAGGAAGUCCUAUUGUACAAGGGGAUGAGGAAACAGUGCCAUACGUACCACUGGACAAGCAUGUAGAUCAAUACUCCAAGACCAAAGCCAUUGCUGACCAAAUGGUGCUAGCAGCUAAUGGGACUCCGUUGAAGGGUGGUACGACACUGCAGACCUGUGUCCUCCGACCCCCGGGUAUUUACGGGCCUGAAGAGCGGAGACACUUGCAGCGAGUUGCUGUGAAUAUCGAGAGGAGGCUGUUCAGCUUUAGCUUUGGAAAUCGACAUGCCAAGAUGAAUUGGGUUCACAUCGACAAUCUGGUCCAGGCUCACAUGCUGGCAGCAGAGGCUCUCACUGCAGGCAAGGGGUACAUUGCAAGCGGACAGAUUUAUUACAUCAAUGACGGGGAGUCUGUCAAUCUGUUUGAAUGGCUGACCCCUCUGUUUGAGAAGCUGGGGCACAGUCGACCUCUGAUUCAUCUGCCUGUCUCAUUAGUUUACACAGCAGCCAUUCUAAUGGAGUGUCUUCAUGUGGCACUUAGGCCAGUCAUUGAAAUCCCACUCUUGUUAACCAGGAAUGAGGUUAGGAACAUUGCUGUCACUCACACCUUCAAGAUAGAUAAAGCUCGCAGGCAGCUGGGGUUCUGUCCAAAGCAGUACAGCUUCACAGAUUCGGUGGAUUACUACAUGAAAUCCAGAGCGGUGGAGCAGAGCUUCUUUUCCGUCUGCAUGAAAGCCACGCUGAUCAUCGGGAGCUUGCUGGCUUUGCUGUUCUUGUCCUGCUUUUGGGAUGACCUGUCAAUCCUAAAGACAUCAAAUGAAACUGGUCAUUAACUACCAGCUGUUCAUUUGAGUUUUUUUUUUUUUUUCUUCAGUGCUGUUCUGCCCAUAUGGAACCGAUAGUAUAGCAUAUUUGAUAUAAAAUGUUGCAGCAGCAACUUAGUACAUAAUUGAGUAUGUGUUUCAUGUAUAAUGGGCGUCACCUUUUAUUUGAAUUCAGCCAAUGCAAAAAUAUAUUGCAUAUGCAUUUGACAUAUAUGCAGCUAACUUAUUUAUUUCAGCAAUCCGUUAACCCUUGUCAGCUAUGAACAGCUGUGUAUGUUUCCUGUUAUACAGUACAAAUAAUAUAUGCAUUAUUAUCUAAAUAGAUUAUUUAACUGAUGGUCAGUUUAUUAUAUUGCUUUGCUUUAGUUAUGUGUAGAUUUAAAAAAUACCAAAUUGCACACUGAAAAAAACAAGCUAAACAUGUUCCAGUAUUUACUUAAAUGGAAAAAAAAAACAAUAUGUGUUUAAUACAACAGCAACAAAACUUCCAGCACAGUAGUGCUUUUCCUACAGAAUAUAUAAAAAAUAAGUGUAUGUAGGUAUGCAAUUUCAUAUAAAUAGGUUACAUUAUGAACUUAAUAACAGGAUGUGUUACUUAGAGAAAGUAUUUGGUUAAUAAAGCAUGGUUUUAUUUGUAACUUGGGAUGGUACUCUGAACCAUCCCCAGUGGUGUACACACCAUAGCAAUGUGUGUAAUGUGGAGGCUAGUGAUUACCAUGUUUUAUAUCGGGUUACUAUUAUAGUAAGGUUAGGAAUCAAUUAUCAGCUGUAAAUAAAGUGUGAUUAUAUAUUUUUUAAAAUAUUGGCAUGAAGCUCAUUCGAUGUGCUGGACAUAAAGAAGACCGGUAGGACACUCUGCAUGCAAACAUAGCUGGGAUUUGCCUGUUUGGUAAAAAUGAAAAGCAAUGUUGACAGCGGUUGUGCGAUUAUUCAGAACAUGCUACAUGGUCAUUUAUUUUAACUACUCAAUGGUUUUUAUUAGCAUACGUAAUUUGUUGUAUUUCUUCGGAGAUCACCCGGGCAUAAAGGAAACUGCGCUUUGUAUUGUAAGAAAGCAUCUGUUAAAACAUGGAUCAUAAAGAAUUAAUCUGUGGUCCACGGUGAACUCUUUAGUUUUGUAACUUUGUGAUUGUUUUUAAGGAACUCCCCUAAUUGUUUCUAUUGGUGAUAAUAUUGCUGUGGUAUAUGAAGGAAUUAAUGUCAAAUUCAAAUAACAAACCAAUCCCCCCCUGUUAAAGUUAGAGCAGGUUAAGACCAGGAUUGCAAGUUUAAUACAAGUAUGAGCUAGGAGGGUUAACUGAUAAUUAUUGGGAUGUUACUAGUAACAAAUACAAUUCAAAUUCUUAAUAAAAGUUAUUACAUCAUUAGCA